GACGAUAAAUUUCUUCAAAAUGUAAGGGGCUGCUCCAAUUUGACCCUGUGAGGAAUGGUGGUUCGACCGGUACGGCAGUAGCCAAGCUUGUGGUCUUGUGGACAUUGCUCGCACUGGGAUUGUGGAGUUCAGGGUUCUCGCUCAAAGGCAGUAAGCAGAUCCAGAGGUAUCGUGGCGAAGUCUAUCACUGUCACCAGGGUUCUGUGGCGCCGAAUCUCGUCCUCUUGUGGUCGAUAGAUACCGGUGCUUUUCUUGAUACAUGUAGCAACCUGACUCGUGAAGGACCUGGGUUUGGAACAAGCGGAGGGAUUCGAGUGUACUGCGAAGUUUUCUUUCGCUUUAUUGUCUGUUUCUUUCCGUUUCUUUAACUUUCUUACGAGACUAUUCCACAAAGGUCGUCGUCCUCGUUGGAGAAAUUGGUUGGUCAUGCAGUAGUGCCCUUUGUCGUGGAAAUAAUCCUCAAAUGUUUGGACCUCUGGGCUGAUCAAGAAACUCUUUUUUUUACUCUUUAUCGUAUCAGACAGGAGGGAUGGAAAGAGAUUGCGAGACAAUCGUGAUUUCACUGAGGUUCAUUGCAAGUAGGCAUGAGAAAUGCUCCCCCAGAUUCAACUGAAAGUAUCCUGGAUAACAAUUUCAUCAUAGUAUCGGUUCUUGAUUCUUUACCUGAGGCAAAGAGGUAGCAUGUGGAGGUUUUUCCCAUUUUGAUCUGUGAGUACGUGAUGCAUGUCAAAUGUGAAGUGCUUCGUGUGCCUGUCCCUACUCAUAACUUUGCCCUCCAGGGCAUGAGAUUUGUCAUGCCUUAUCUUCAUUUGUUCGUUCCGUUGUGCAUAUUCUUUCAAUAUAUCGAUUAGUGGAAGAUUUUUUUCAUUACAUUCUUUAAGAUAGAGUUAAGUCUCCUUCUCCAUUUACGCCUGGUUGCGAAGAUUGUCCUGUCACUCAUACAUUCUGCCGAAGAAGUAUUUGUCAGAUUGUCAGAGAUUAGCUAUCGUGUUGGAGGUAAUUCGAUUGUUGAAAUUGUAAACAUAGAGUUCAACAAGGUUCGACAAGGCUGUCUCCUUAGUGCUGUGGAGGCGAGGUUUAGGAGAAAGAGAUAUUUAAGCUGUGUAGAAUGAAAGAGGCCUAUCCCAGUAAGAUGACUGAAGGAGAUGUGAUUCAGUCCACCACAGAGCCUAGUGAGCAGGGGUUGGGUACAGGAGUUGUGAGAGAGAAUGUUGAGAUAUUCCCCCACGAAAGGGAGCCUGAUACCAGCGGAAUGACAAUAAGUCCUUCUCGUCCUGCUCGCACACAUGCUCCAGAUUUUAUCCAUAUGAAGGACAGGGUUGAUGAAAGUAUAGAUGGGGAAUCGGGACAUAAGAGUAGCGGAGGAGGAUCAUCAGGAGUCCACUCCUCCCAAGAAGACUUGGAGAAGAUAUGGGCUCUAGACAAAGCACCUCCUCCGAUCAAGAUCCAUCCAGACGAGGAGGAUCUGGAGGCAUCAUCCCACGAACUUUCACCCCCACCAUCUCCGAAGCGCAUCAAGAACCUCAUUGAGAAUGACAACCUUAUGAAGCGGCCUUUCAGCCCCAUCGUUCCCCAGGAUUCAAUUUAGUGUACAGUAACCUAUGGCAAGAUUCUUGAACUCAGCAAAGACCCACUGUAGAAUUUACAAGCCUGAUCAUAGACCGAGAUAAUUACACUGAUUUCGCCGCAGAAAAAUGAACGAUCAUUCUGGUUGACUUGAGGGGUAGAGAUUUCUGCACCCUCAUUCUCAGAAGACUGUUGGCCGCUUUUCACCCGGCGAUAUUUCCAUUGGUGCCGGCUCCUCGUUCAGACAAUCGUGCCUUCCGUGUAUACGUUUUUGGGAGCCUAUUUAUGAGCUCAAGUGCACAUAAGUCUGGAAGUGAUAGACCUGUGGAGACGAGCUAUCUAUCCGUAGAUGAUUUUCCGCUAUACAUCUAUUGUUUCUCAGUACCGUAAGAAGCCAAGAUGAGGAAAGAACCUAUUUUCUUUCCGUAGUACAGUACUUUCAUUGUGUAACAGAUUCAAUCAGAGGAUGUACAGUUUUUAUUAAGUGCCCGUGAAGAUUCCUCUGGACAU